GUAAAUCUCUCCCAGUUUAUAACCGGCCAAAUCCAAUUGUUUCCACGGCGAUGGCCGCUGUACAGUUACGGACACCUCACCGUCACUUCCGACGUGGCAGAUUUUCGUUGCUGGCAAUCGACGGGUAAGGGCGAGUGCACCCCUGACAGAAAGCGCCCGUCCUCUCCUUCUAUUAUAUAUAAUAUACGCAGAGCCCCGGUUUCAGCUCCCACGUUGAAACCCCCUCCAAAAUUCGGCCGCCUGAUUCUCCGAAGCAGGGAAGCCACGCCUUCUCUGUUGUCUGUUUGGAUCUCGGCUCCUGCUAUCCUUCCUUCACGAAUCCGUCCUUGUGGAAUACAUUGAAAUUUGAUAUGUUUUUUGAUCUCAAUCGUCAACUUUGUUGUUAGGGUUCGUUGAAAUUGAAUUUUAUUCAAGCCCUUUCUUCUUCUUUGUUUUUGGGCAUAAUUCGUGGAUUCCUAGGGUUAGGGGUUCAUUGAUCUGAUUCGCUGAUUGAUGAAGAAGGUCUACGAGCUUAGAAUCCAAUGAGACGGCGCUUACCGGUCUCUAUAACCCACAAAGAUAUGGACAAGUCCAACGGAAAAACCCCUCGUUCCCGUCUAUGCUUUCUCGCCUCGCUUGCGGCUGUGUUCUGGUUCUUCAUCUUUUACUUCCAUUUUACCGUGCUAAGCAGUAGCCCUCCCGAUCAAUCCACGCAAGCUGUCUCGUUCCCGUCGACCUCAUCGUAUCCGGAGCAGCAUUUUCUCCAUGGUGUGGAAAACCGUAUUUCGCAUACAAGGACGAUGCCCGCAAAGAGGAAAUUCCCUUUUAUGCGUGCCCUCAGGAUAGCCGAGAACAAGAGCGAUCCAUGCGGCGGGAGGUACAUCUAUGUUCACGAUCUCCCUUCUCGGUUCAACGAAGACAUGCUUAGGGAUUGCCGGAAACUCAGCCUUUGGACCAACAUGUGCAAGUUCACUAGCAACGCUGGCCUUGGUCCUCCACUCGAUAAUGUAGAAGGGGUUUUCUCAAAUACUGGAUGGUAUGCCACAAACCAGUUUGCAGUGGACGUGAUCUUCAGCAAUAGGAUGAAGCAGUAUGAGUGCUUGACAAAAGAUUCUUCCAUUGCUGCAGCUGUCUUUGUGCCCUUCUAUGCUGGUUUUGACAUAGCCAGGUACCUUUGGGGGUAUAACAUAUCAAUGAGAGAUUCAGCUUCGCUUGAUUUGGUGAAUUGGCUGAUGAAACGGCCUGAGUGGAAUGUGAUGGGUGGAAGAGACCAUUUCUUGGUUGCAGGGAGGAUUACUUGGGAUUUUAGGAGGUUGACUGAUACUGAUUCUGAUUGGGGGAACAAGCUUUUGUUUUUGCCUGCGGCAAAGAAUAUGUCUAUGCUUGUUGUUGAAUCAAGUCCUUGGAAUGCAAACGAUUUUGGGAUACCAUAUCCAACAUAUUUUCACCCUGCUAAAGAUUCAGAUGUGUUUGCUUGGCAGGAUAGAAUGAGGAACUUGGAGCGGAAGUGGCUUUUCUCAUUUGCUGGGGCACCUCGCCCAGGCAAUCCAAAAUCCAUCAGAGGGCAAAUUUUGGACCAGUGCAAGAGAACCUCUUCUUGUAAGCUUUUGGAAUGUGAUUUUGGAGAGAGCAAAUGCCACUCACCUAGUAGCAUUAUGCAGAUGUUUCAGAGUUCACUGUUUUGUUUGCAACCUCAAGGGGAUUCUUAUACCCGGAGAUCUGCUUUUGACUCAAUGUUGGCUGGUUGCAUACCAGUCUUUUUCCACCCUGGUUCAGCAUACACACAGUAUACAUGGCAUCUUCCAAGGGAUUAUGCAAAAUAUUCUGUUUUUAUUCCAGAGGAUGACAUUCGGAAAAACAAUGUUAGCAUAGAGGAAAGGUUAAAGCUGAUUUCUCCAGACGUUGUGAAAGCUAUGAGGGAGGCGGUCAUAAACCUAAUUCCGAGCAUUGUAUAUGCUGAUCCAAGGUCAAAAUUGGAGACUCUUAGGGAUGCCUUUGAUGUUUCGGUUCAGGCAGUGAUAAACAAAGUUACAAAACUUCGAAAGGAGAUAAUGGAAGAUCGUGAAGAUAAGGAUUUUGUGGAGGAGAAUAGCUGGAAGUAUGCUUUACUGGAGGAAGGGAAACAGACAGUAGGAGCUCAUGAAUGGGAUCCUUUCUUUUCAAAACCAAAGGAUGCUAACAGCGAUUCCGGUAGUUUAUCUGCAGAAGCUGCUAAAAGUUCUUGGAAAAAUGAACAACGGGAUCAGUCGUGAGUUUUGAGCUAAGAGAGUCAGUUGAGCCUCAGGAAUGAAUUUGCAUCAUCAUGAUGUUCGGUAACAUGCAGAUUAUUGCUGGUGCAUUCGAGAUAUUUUUGUGGCCAGGUGGUUCAUAAAUUUUUAAACACUUAUAGGAUCCAUCUCUGCCUCAUUCGUUGAAUCAUUGAGGUAGGAUCCAAAUUUGUAUUAAUUCAUUUGUUAUAGUUGGAAUAUCCAUACCAUCGUUUAUGCCACUUUUCCCAAAAAGUUACCUGUAAUUUUCAUCAAAUUUUUAAA